AUGCCUUCAAUUCCCCUUGUUCAGCUCAACAACAGUACGGAGAUACCAAUCAUAGGAAUUCGUGGUGGUCCGAGUGCAAUGAUAGUUGAAGCAUAUGAUGCAACGAAGGAUUGGGUACUGAUGGCGAUUCAGGCGGGGUAUAGGCACAUCGAUACAGCCCUGAUAGGGUUAGGAUGGUGUCCUCCCUUCGGCGAAGCCGUUGGGAGGACACAAUAA